AUGAAGCCGUUUUUUCUCAUGCUGUUCUUGCUGUUGACAGAUGCUGAUUGUUUUUUUGAUAUAAAAGAAAUAAUCUCGGAUAAAAUGACGAAAUUACCAAAAGAUUUCAAUGUAGCCAUAAAAGAUAUAGCCGAAAGUUUGCCUUCUAAAGAAAUGACUGUGGUGAGAGGGAAUUCGACAAAUAUUAGAUCCCAAGAUGUAUUUGAGUUACUACGUUUGCUCUGCCAACAUAACAUUCAGGUUGUUAACCUUGAUAUAGCGGCUAUGGAAAAUAAGGAAAUGUACUACGGGUACCUGAAAAAAGCUUUAGACGUCUCAGACGAACGCACUAACUUAAUUUUGUGCGAACCGUAUGAAUGUGAGAACUUGCUUCUUGAGUUGAGGGAGAACAACUUGAUUCACCGAACGAUACUUUACAUAUUUUUCUGGCCAUACGGAUCGGUUAGCGACAGAUUCCUGAACUCGAUGGUGGAAGCAAUGAGAGUGGCCGUCAUCACAAAUCCCCGGGAGAGCGUGUUCCGAAUAUACUACAACCAAGCGACUCCCAACAGACUGAAUCAUCUAUCUUUGGUCAAUUGGUGGGCUUUUCGUUUAUACAAGUCACCUCUUUUACCUUCUGCUGAUAAAGUCUACAAGAACUUCAGAGGACGAGUUUUUGAUGUACCCGUUCUCCACGCUCCGCCGUGGCACUUCGUGAAAUACAACAACGACUCUUCCAUCAACGUGACAGGCGGACGCGAUGACAAACUACUGAAAUUGAUAGCUAAUAAAUUGAACUUCAGGUACAGAUAUUAUGAUCCCCCGGACCGAAGUCAGGGAUCUGGCAUAAUUGGGAAUGGAACUUUCAAAGGAACUCUCGGUCUUAUUUGGAAACGGCAAGCGGAUUUCUUCUUGGGGGACGUGACAAUGACUUGGGAGCGACUGCAGGCUGUCGAAUUUUCAUUCUUGACACUCGCAGAUUCUGGUGCCUUCUUAACCCAUGCCCCGGCCAAGCUAAGCGAGACCUUAGCCAUCAUUAGACCUUUUCGUUGGGAGGUUUGGCCAUUAGUAUGUGCGACUCUAUUCAUCACGGGCCCCGCGCUCUGGAUUGUGAUAGCAGCGCCGUCGCUAUGGCAACGGAAAAAACGUGAUCAGAUGGGACUACUUAACAACUGCUGUUGGUUCACAGUCACCCUGUUUUUGAGGCAAUCUUCGACCAAGGAACCGUCUAGCAACCACAAGGCACGCCUGGUAACCGUCCUCAUUUCGCUCGGUGCCACAUACGUGAUCGGCGACAUGUACUCAGCCAACCUCACUAGUUUACUGGCCAGGCCGGCUAAGGAACCACCGAUAGGGACUUUGCCCGCUUUGGAGGAGGCGAUGAGAGAACACGGAUAUGAACUGGUGGUGGAAAGUCAUAGUUCUUCAUUGAGUAUUUUGGAGAACGGAACCGGAGUAUACGGUCGUCUUGCUAAGCUGAUGAAAAGACAAAGGGUCCAGCGAGUUCACAACGUGGAAGCCGGAGUCAGACUCGUACUCAACAGGAGACGGGUCGCGGUGCUCGGCGGGCGAGAGACCCUUUACUAUGAUACUGAAAGAUUCGGUUCACAUAAUUUUCAUCUGAGUGAGAAGCUCUAUACGAGAUACUCGGCCAUCGCCUUUCAAAUAGGCAGUCCGUAUUUGGAGACUAUUAACAAUGUAGUAAUGACGUUAUUCGAAGCAGGCAUCCUCGGCAAAAUGACGACAGACGAAUACAAGAAUCUUCCAGAACAAUCCAGAAGAUCCGAACCAGUAACUGAGAGUGAAAAUUUAAGCACCGAAAAAACUGGAGAAACUGCCGCAGUCACUCAGGGUGGGGCAAUCCAAAAUGAAACUUCGAAAGGCUUAGAACCAGUGUCUUUGACAAUGCUACGUGGCGCCUUCUGUCUUCUUGGCAUUGGUCAUCUUCUCGCCGGCGUGACUCUCCUCAUUGAAAUUCAACUCUAUCGUCGCGCAAGAAAAAGGGCCUUACCACCACAAACUCGGAAUCCAACGAACACUUUCAUGGCAAAAGCAAAAAAGUGCAUCCUGAGAGGCUGGAGAAGAAUCAAGGCUGCCGCCAUUUUAGCUAUCGAUAGAGCUUUGGCCCCUGAUCGUGGCAUUGAUUAAAGUGUUUAAGGAGACAAAAAAAUA